UCGAGGAGCCAUUUGCACGACACCAGCGUGCUUACGUGGAGUACUCAAACGAGCUCGACGCACUUACUCCUUCGAUGGUGACUUGGCAACCGUAUCUUGAUCCAUAUUUCGCCAGCAUACAGUUGAGCAGCAUGUGCUCAAUAGACGAGGACCUCUACCUCAUGAGGUGUCCCCUCAUCUGUUUUUAUGCUGUUGAGUACCACUUGCCCCACAGAGUUGCUCGACAGUUCGGAUUGCGCCAGGAGUUUCCGGUGGAGCCAUUCUCGACUUCAAUAGAACUUCAUAAGUUCGACAGACAGAGACAGAAGAAGGUCACGGACUUCGAGACCCACCAUCGUGAUUACAUUGAUGAAUGGGAACAGCAGGGGGAUCUUAACUAUGAGAACGACCAGGCGCACACAAACUACAACUUCCGGAGCCGCCGCCGCCGCUCAGCCUCCGUCGGGCCCUUCGCCGGCGGCGAACACCAUCAGGUGUACAUGCGUACGCCCAUGCCCUUGGCUGCGUCCGCCCCUGCAAGUGGUUUCCUGCUGGUCUGUGUGGAUUUGGCUGCCGGAAGAUUGAUUGAUGCGGCCUUCAGGAUCACUGUAGACUCGCUGUGA